AUGGGGGCAAAGGCUCGUCCUUCAAGAUCGAUCUCUCCUAACGGUCAGGCUCUUAGCGAUGGCGGCCUUUCCCCCACAUCUGCAGGAUCAAGGACCCUAGCCCCCAGGCCGGCAUUGAGGCCAAGGAAAUCAGUAAAAGAACUCGAGGCCGAAUAUCACGAUUCCGACGAGGAUGUGCCUGAAGAUGCCGUCAUCUGGAAUGUCCCCAUCUCCCCACGCCCUCCGAUGCAUUCGACUCCCUCGAGCCCUACCAGAACCAUUUCUACCAGUCUGACCCCAGAACUCAAGUCGGCAGCCAGCAACACAUCGUCAACAGAAGAACCCCCUCGCUCUGCCACACGGCCCAACAUGCAUCACAGCGCUACCGUCAGCGCGUUUCCUCCAGAACCUUCGUCGCCCAGACUUCAGCGUGGCAGAACGUGGAAAGAAGACCUCAGCGAGGAAGCUCGCGAGGUCGCUGCUGCUUUGGAAGAGCAUGCUGAGCGCGUGUCUCAAGAACGACGUCGCUCUACUCGCAACAGCACCAACGGCAGCCCUCCUCGCCCCUCGAUGAAGCUCAGAACAAAGACUAGCGUUAUGGAGCUGCCACCGCUGCAGAAAGGAAACGUCAUGAUCGACCCGCUGCCCAUCAGCAAAGAGAAGGAGGCCGUACUCACAAGGACACGUCCAUCGUGGCUUCCACCAAAAAGUCAAAAAGAGGAGAAGAAGCAUAUCAAAGAGUGGGAGAGGAUGAUGGCCGCAGCUGAGGCGGCUGAGAAGAAGCGACUUGCAAAGGAAGUCGAACAACAGCAACAACGCAAGCACGUCGAAUCCAAUAUUGCCCGUAUCUGGGAACAGCACGUCAUUCCCAACUGGGACGAUGUGAUCAAAGAGCCCAGAACCCGCGAGCUUUGGUGGCGCGGUGUCACACCUAGAGACAGAGGCACUGUUUGGAGCAAAGCUGUUGGUAAUGAGCUGUCGCUGACCGAAGCCUCGUACGCCAAUGCUCUCAAGCGCGCUCGUGUACUGCAAUCCUCGGUCAACAACCUUCCGGAAGAAGAACGUUCCAAGCACGCUGACGCAGGUUGGUUGGCAGCCAUCUCACGCGAUGUCUCUACCGUCUUCCCUGAGCUUGGUAUCUUUGGUCCUGGUGCACCUCUCCACUCGACCCUGGAAGACCUACUGCUCGCCUACUCCGCCUACCGCAGUGAUGUUGGCUAUGUCUACGGAGUGCACAAGAUUGCUGGUCUACUCGUGCUCAACAUGAGUGCAUCGGCUGCUUUUAUUGCCCUUGCCAAUAUGCUGAAUCGACCGCUGGCUCUCGCCUUCUUGAUCAACGAUCAAGCGACCAUGUCACGAAUCUAUUCGACUGUUCUCUCUACGCUCAAGUAUAAGAUGCCUCGUCUACACGAACACCUGACAAACCCCGAGACUGGAUUCAAGGGUCCCGAGGAGUGGUUGCAUCCUUUCCUUGCCACCCUCGGUACACAGCUGCUCAGCCCGGACUCCUGCAGUCGUCUCUGGGACAUUGCCGUUUUCGAAGGCGAUAAGACAUUUGUUCGUGCAGCAGUUGGUGUGCUGGCAUUGCUUGAGAGCAGGCUUUACGGACCCAGAGAGGAGCUUCUAUCUCUUAUUGGCUGGAGCGCUCGUCCACUAGACUUUGAGGAAGAACAAGUCAUUGUGGCUAUCCGUGAAGCCGGCAAAAUCUCUCCCCACAGCUCGACUCCCGAUCUCAAUGGCAACAAGCGAUAG